UCCGCCCAAACCUAAGCGCAACCCCAACACUCAGCUCAGCACCUCCUUCGAUGAGUCCUACAUCCAAAACCAUGGCAUCAAAUUCAAGUCCGCGUCUUUGCCUCGGCGACAGAAGAAGAAGUCAAUGUCCCAGAAUCAAAGCCCCGCCUUGGACACUGAUGAGGAAGCGGAGCCAGUCUACAUAGAGAUGGUGGGAAAUAUCCUACGUGACUUUAGCCACUUUACCGGGGGUAAUGCUGAUGAAGAGGACGAUCAGGGAGAGAGCGUGUAUGAGGAGAUGAAAUACCCCACCUAUGAAGAAGCUGCCCUAUCAACUGAGCAUGUCCAGGCACGCUGGGACCCAAGCCUAGCUCCUGCGGUUUCAGAUAUGGACUUAACGCGAUCAUCAGUCCCUCGUGGCUCACUUUGUGACAUACCUGCCCCCUUUCCUAACUUACUGACUCACAGGCCUCCCCUGUUAGUGUUCCCCCCUGCACCCGCUCAAUGCUCCCCAAAUUCUGAUGAAUCUCCCCUUACUCCGCUGGAUGUCACCAAACUUCCUAUGAUAGAGAACGUUGGGUAUGGCAAACCUGGUUCUUCCCCAACAACUGCUGAUUCUGGUCAACCCUUGCCAGCACAGCAGUCUUUGGGGCAACAACACCAUCACCAUCAUCAUCAUCACCAUCAUCAUCAUCACCAUAAGAAGUCAUUAGACAGUAAAGAUUCUUCAUCUACGCAUACAAUAACAGUGUCUGGACGUUCCUCGGCUCCACCGCUACCAUCAGCUCUAUACAAAAGUGGUGGUUCGUCAGCGGCUCAUGGUUAUCCUCGCAGCCACUCUGCAUGCCCAUCCCCUAUCAGCAUGGGCCGCUCUUUGACCCCCCUCACCCUCAAACGUCCACCACCAUACGACGCUCUGCUGACUGGCACGAUUCCCCGCAGUGCCUCCGGAGUGUCGCACGGCUCUCAUGAGAGCGGACGUCUUUCAAACUCCUCCAGCAUCUAUGGUGGAUCAAUGCAAAAUGUUUCCACUGCAUCAGGGGGAUCAGGGGGGUCUAGUUCAGGGUCAGGAGGCCGUGGAUGUCGAACACCAACCAGUCCACUGGACGAAUUCAGCAACUUGUUUUCAUCUAGCAAGAACAUGCUGAGGAAAGGCUCCGGAGGGUGCAAGACCAAGGAGUUCAGUGAGAUUGAAGGGAAGACCAGGAGCCACAGCAUUGACAGUAAAGAACGAGCUCUUCGUAGCUCCUCCCCAAAAGUGCAGGAUUGGGACACGCCCUCAGGACAAUGUGCCACGCCCACUCGUCUAGGCCGCUCCUCCAUCAGUCCCACCACCAUGCUGGGGAGUGGAAGCUCAGAACCGAAAGCUGCCUGUAAGCUCGGCCGUUCCGCCUCUACGUCGGGAGUGUCGUCUCCGGUAGGAACGCCCCAGAGACACGCCCCCGAGUCCUCAGCCAAUCAGAGCGGGAGCCCAUGCCAGAUGCCCCCAGUGCCGUGGGCAUGCGGGGACAACACCAUGAUGGAGAUGAUCGAGAAGAAACGGCAUCUUUGCAAGGAGAUCAAGGCGCGGCAGAAGCCAGACAAGGCCCUGUGCAAACAAGACAGCAUGCCCAUCCUCCCCAGCUGGAAAAAGACCAACGGGGGCAAAAAAUACGGCCCUCCACCCUACUCUGCCCAAACCACAGUCUUCUGGGACACAGCUAUCUAACACCAGGAAGUGAUUGAGGUAAAGCGGUAGUGAGGAAUAAUCAGCGUUCAGGCCUCCAGUCUGUAGACACCGGGACACCGGAUGACGAGGGGGUGUGGCCGAACGGUGGCUGGUUUAGCCAAUAGGAAGCAAAGGGAAUUUAAUUGAAAUUCUGUAGCAAAUCAGCUUAAAUCUGAGGUGGGGGUUCAGAUUUAAGUGUCCUUGGUUUCUUAUCUCUGUUUGUAUUUCAUAUUUUUAUAUCGAAACAAAGGGAAACGAUGAGAAACGACGCUUGGAGGUUUUCUAAAUGAGAAAGUCGAGUGUAACAAUUUAGCCAUGCGAUGAUAUGAUAUGCAUCCCCUCACAGAUGGAAUUUUCUUCUGUUCCUAUUCUUUUCCUUCCUCCUUUUUUCUUUUUUUCUAAUGUUUUUAAGUUGCGUCAACGCUUAUCGGUGUUGAAGAAAAAAAAUUAAUCUAUAGCGUAUAAUAUAUAUGGGGUGUAUAUAUAUAUAUAUA